GCUUUCCUAUCCAUCCACGAGCCUACGACCAUCGUCGUCAUCUGAGGGCGUCUCGGAAGCAGAGAUGCAACGAAAUGACUGAUGCCACAGCUCCCGUUUGGCUGCCGUCGUCUGCUGCCAACUGAUUGUCUCUGCUCUCGGUGAGCAUUCUCCUCGGCUCAGGCUUGAGCCUCAAUUUUUCUGGUGAGGCGAGGCCAGGUCCCAGACAUUUCCCGCCAGUCUGGAGCUGAGGAGCAGGCUUGGAAGCAAGUAGCAACGAGCUCCGUGAUUCUAGACUCGAGGCAGAGAAAGAAGUGGAGACUUGUCAGAGUGCAUCAAAUUGACAGUUUGCGACUCGGGAGCUCGAGGGGACGAUUGCGAUUAUGGCUUGUGUCAGCCUGCAUUGUGCUAUGGCGUCUCUGUCUAUGGCAUCGUCGUCUGCGGUGCGCACGCAGUCGUCGUCGUCCUCUUCUGCCUCUUCGGGCCCCGAAUUCCGACGUGCUUCGCUUCCACUUAAGUGUAACUUUCGUGGCGAAGACUUAUGCCCGUCUUUGCGUGCCGUCAGUGGGCACAUCCACAUCCGUGAGCUGAAGAGCAAUGCAGUUUCUUCGACCACUGCCACGCCGGUCAGAAUGGCACAGAGUGCCCAAGAAGUUCAGACUGCCACCCAGAUCUCAAAGCCAACCAAGAUGAUCGUCUCCAUUACCGGUGCCACUGGCUUUGUGGGGAGCAGGCUCGUUAAGAAGUUGGUCGAAGAUGGCCACACCGUUCGGGUCCUUACACGUUCCGCAUCUAAGGCGCGAGCUAUUUUCCCUGAACGUACAUUCAAGAACGUUGAGAUCGCAGAACAGGCCGAUUGGGCCAGUUGUAUAGCGGGAUCCACGGGUGUUGUAAACUUGGCAGGGACUCCUAUCAGCGUUCGUUGGACCCCCGAGGUAAAGAAGGACAUCAUGGACAGUAGGGUGUCAGUCACCUCUAAGGUCGUGGAGGCCAUAAAUGCAGCCCCUGAAGAUCAGCGGCCUUCAGUAUUUAUCAGCGCCACGGCUGUCGGAUUUUAUGGCACUAGCGAAGUAUCUGCAUUCGAUGAAACAAGUCCCGCGGGCAAAGACUAUUUGGCAGAGGUCUGCCAAGAAUGGGAAGCAAAGGCUCAAGCACUGACCGAUGGUGUACGGCUUGUUCGCCUGAGAAUAGGCAUUGUCCUGGACAAAGAUGGUGGAGCUCUAGCCCAGAUGGUUCCUCUUUUCAAGAUCUUUGCUGGCGGUCCCAUCGGCUCCGGUAAACAGUGGUUUUCAUGGGUGCACCGUGACGACCUGGUUGCUUUGAUCGUGGAAGCAUUGAACAACCCCGAGUAUGAAGGUGUUAUCAACGGGACGGCACCUAAUCCUGUAAGGUUCACAGAGCUGUGUGAUAGAAUCGGAGCUGUGCUCGGACGACCGUCGUGGCUUCCUGUCCCAGACUUUGCUCUUAAAGCAGUUCUCGGAGAAGGUGCUUUGGUGGUACUGGAAGGCCAAAGAGUACUUCCGAAGCGCGCUCAGGAGCUGGGAUUCAGAUUCAAGUAUCAGUACGUCACAGAUGCUCUGAGAGCGAUUUUGACUUGAUCGUAGUUGGUGUAGUGUAUGGAGUCGAUCCAUCACCGCCACUCUACGGUAGAAGGUUCGAAAUUGGACCAUUUUUGAAGGAGGUAUAGCAGUUUCUCCGGAACUUGUAAAUCAUUGUAACACAAGCAAGAAGCGACGAAGGGCAGCAAGUAAUGUCCAAUCCAACCAACUGAUCACAGUAAUGGGCUUCUCUCACCGCGCAAGCCCUGCGGUAUUAUUCAAGUAUACUGUGGUAUAUCCGAACAUUACGUGUAUCAUCUGCAUAGGAGGAGAGUGGAGAAUAAUCCAUCCAUCCAUUCAUGGGGACUGCACCGAAAUACUUGGAUUCGGAACGAGCAGGAAGACCAAAGAAUGUAGGCUUAGUUCAAGAACAGAGCAGUUCAGUCGCUUUGUGGAUUCUUACCAGAUCAUGGAAGGUUUCAUCCAUGAUCUCAAUCAGUGUAAUCUAUAUGCUCUUCUGCGAGCAAUUUUUUCCAGCCAAUCUGUUGUGAACGC